AGCCAUAUGACUAGAUCCAUUCAAUUCGCAAUAUCUCCUCCAACUCCUUGACGCUAUCUGCAGCAGAAUCGUUCAUUAAUUCAUUCAUUCGACAAAACCUUGAGCAAUUGACGAUGAUGCAGAUCAGCUCCACCGUACCAGCCCACAACCUUCACAAGUUCCAAGCAAUAAGGUGCCCCAGCUUCAGCUUCAGAUGCCAACAAGCUUCCUCUUCCACCUUUCAGAAGCCCUUCAUCUCCACCGAGUCAACUCGCUUGCACCUCGCCAACCUCCACAAACUCCUCGAGACCCAGAAGCCCGAGGUCCCUCCACCCACCCAAAUCCAACACCACCAGCCAAUCAUUAACGAUCCAAAGGAAAAGAAAGGAAGAAGCUUUCUGGAGGGUCUCAACUUGGCCAGGCUAUGGCCGGAGAUGAAAGCCACCGAUGAAAUGUCCCCGCGCCACCUCAAACGCCUCCAGCGCCUCCUCUCCAUGACGGCGGAGUAUUCCCCGAGGAACAUCCUCGGCGGCCGCUGGAGAGAAUACCACGGCAGCAACGACUGGAAAGGGAUGUUGGACCCUCUCGACGAGAAUCUCCGGCGAGAGGUCGUCCGCUACGGCGAAUUCGUCCAAGCCGCGUAUCAAGCCUUCCAUUCAGACCCCGCCAUGUCAACGGAGGAGCCGCCACACACCCAACACGUGGCACUUCCCGAUAGAUCCUACCGAAUGACCAAAAGCCUCUACGCCACGUCAUCCAUUGGUUUACCCAAAUGGGUAGAUGACGUGGCACCGGAUCUAGGAUGGAUGACCCAACGAUCAAGUUGGGUGGGAUAUGUAGCCGUUUGCGAGGACAGGAGAGAGAUAACACGAAUGGGAAGAAGAGACAUUGUGAUCUCUCUCAGGGGAACUUCCACGUGUCUAGAAUGGGCCGAAAAUCUCAGGGCUCAUAUGAUUGACAUGCCCGACAACGAUAGCUCAGAAGAAGCCCAAGGAAAGCCCAAAGUGGAGUGUGGGUUCAUGAGCUUGUACAAAACAAAAGGAGCACAAGUGCCAAGUCUAGCAGAAUCCGUAGUAGAAGAAGUGAGGAGACUGAUCGAUCUAUACAAAGGUGAAGAGUUGAGCAUCAGUGUGAUAGGGCACAGCCUUGGGGCGACGCUAGCCUUAUUGGUGGCUGAGGAGAUAAGCACGUGUUGCCCCCAAGUGCCACCCGUGGCUGUUUUUUCCUUCGGUGGGCCUCGCGUGGGUAACAAGGCCUUUGGGGAUCGCUUAGCUGCCAAAAACGUCAAGGUGCUGAGAAUAGUGAACUCGCAAGACGUGAUUACUAGGGUUCCAGGGAUCUUCGUGAGCGAAGAGCUUGAACAGAAAAUACGGAACGUUGGUGGGGGUGUGUUGGAGGAGAACACGCCCUUAGCAUACUCGCACGUGGGAACAGAGCUGCGUGUGCACACCAAGAUGUCGCCAUAUCUUAAGCCCGAUGCUGACAUGGCGUGUUGUCAUGACUUGGAGGCUUACUUGCACUUGGUGGAUGGGUUCUUGGCCUCCAAUUGUCCUUUCAGAUCCAAUGCUAAGAGAAGCUUGGCUAGGUUAAUGCAAGACCAAAGUGCCAAUGUAAAGAAGUUGUAUACUAGCAAGGCAAAAUCCCUCACUGUCAAUCUUAGUAGGCAGGGAUCUAUGUCUAUGUCUAAUUGUUUGCCUAGUCCAUCUUAAUCAAAACUCAUAUGCUUCCCUUUUA